ACAUUCAGAAUAGAUACAAUCCAGCAAUUUUCUGGAAAUAUGUCUGUAAUGAAAAACAUUACAGCUAGAGACUUCAAAGAUAUUCUACAGUGUGCCAUACUGGCCUUUAAGGAUUUACUGCCAAAGAAAUAUAAUAAAGUAGUCCUUGACCUUUUAUUCAUCUUAGCAACCUGGCAUACACUUACAAAGCUCUACAUUCAUACAGAGACUAUAGUUUGGUUCCUUGAGGAGACAAUGACAUUGCUAGGAUACUAG